AUGAGCUGCCCGCUCCGCGCUGCCCCAGCUGCCGCGCUGGGCUUGCUGCUGCUGCUCGGCCGCCUGGCGGGGAGCUCGGCCGCCGGCGGCCCCGGCUCCCCCUCGUGCCCGGCUCCGUGCCGCUGCUUCGGGGACCUGCUGGACUGCAGCCGCCUCAAGCUGAGCCGGGUGCCCGAGCGGCUCCCGCGAGGGGUGGUGCAGCUGGACUUAAGUCACAACAGAUUAUCUUCAAUCAAGACCAGUUCCUUGAGUCACCUUCAUAGUCUUCGAGAAAUAAAACUGAACAAUAAUGAACUGGAGACCAUACCUAAUCUGGGACCAGUCUCUGCAAAUAUUACUCUUCUGUCCUUGACCAGUAACAAGAUUGGGGGCAUCUUGCCUGAACAUCUGAAACCGUUUCAGUCUCUAGAAACUUUGGACCUGAGCAACAAUAAUAUUUCAGAGUUGAAAACUGCAUCAUUUCCUUUUUUGCAGCUCAAGUAUCUGUACAUUAACAGUAAUCGAAUAACCUCCAUGGAGCCAGGUGUCUUUGACAGUUUGUCUAGCACACUUCAAGUAUUGAAACUGAACAGGAACAAAAUUUCAGUCAUCCCUCAAAAGAUGUUUAAACUGUCCCAUCUGCAGCACCUGGAGCUGAAUCGCAACAAAAUAAGAAAAAUAGAUGGGCUUACUUUCCAAGGACUUACUGCUUUGAAAUCACUAAAAAUGCAACGAAAUGGGGUAAAUAGACUCAUGGAUGGAGCUUUCUGGGGAUUAACCAACAUGGAAGUUUUGCAGCUGGACCAUAACAACCUAACCGAGAUUACCAAAGGCUGGCUUUAUGGCUUGCUGAUGUUGCAGCAGCUCCAUCUCAGCCAAAACGCCAUCAGCAGGAUCAGCCCUGAUGCCUGGGAAUUUUGCCAGAAACUCAGCGAGCUAGAUUUAACAUUUAAUCACUUAGCAAGAUUGGAUGAUUCAAGCUUCGUUGGUUUAAGCCUACUAGUUGGACUGUAUAUUGGGAACAACAAAGUAAACUACAUUGCUGAUUGUGCCUUCCGGGGACUUUCCAGUUUAAAGACUUUGGAUCUGAAGAACAAUGAAAUCUCAUGGACUAUUGAAGAUAUGAAUGGUGCAUUCUCUGGACUUGACAAACUUAGAAUACUGAUACUCCAAGGAAACAGGAUUAGGUCCAUUACAAAGAAAGCAUUUUCUGGUUUGGAUGCACUUGAACACCUAGAUCUAAGUAAUAAUGCAAUCAUGUCAGUACAAGGAAAUGCAUUUUCGCAAAUGAAGAAACUUGAAGAAUUGCACUUAAAUACAUCAAGUCUUUUGUGUGACUGCCAGCUAAAAUGGCUACCACAGUGGAUAUCAGAAAACAACUUUCAGAGCUUUGUGAAUGCCAGUUGUGCCCAUCCUCCGCUGCUAAAAGGCAGAAGUAUCUUUGCUGUUAGCCCAGAUGAGUUUGUGUGCGAUGAUUUUCCUAAACCACAGAUCACUGUCCAGCCAGAAACCCAGUCAGCAAUCAAAGGCUCCAAUUUGAGUUUCGUAUGUUCAGCAGCCAGCAGCAGUGAUUCCCCUAUGACGUUUGCAUGGAAAAAGGACAAUGAAUUACUGCAUGAUGCUGAAAUGGAGAAUUAUGCACAUCUCCGGGCACGGGGUGGUGAAGUGAUGGAAUACACUACCAUACUUCGGCUACGCAAUGUUGAAUUCAGCAAUGAGGGAAAAUACCAGUGUGUUAUUUCAAAUCACUUUGGUUCAUCCUACUCUGUCAAAGCCAAGCUUACAGUUAACAUGCUGCCAUCAUUUACAAAGAUGCCCAUGGACCUAAGCAUUCGUGCUGGAGCAACGGCACGAUUAGAAUGUGCUGCAGUUGGUCAUCCAGUACCGCAGAUUGCUUGGCAGAAAGAUGGUGGCACAGACUUUCCUGCAGCACGCAAGAGACGUAUGCAUGUCAUGCCAGAGGAUGAUGUAUUCUUUAUUGUUGAUGUAAAAAUUGAGGACACUGGAGUUUAUAGCUGUACAGCUCAAAACACUGCUGGGAGCAUUUCAGCUAAUGCAACACUGACAGUACUAGAAACACCAUCAUUUUUGCGGCCCUUGCUAGACCGAACAGUAACAAAAGGUGAAACUGCAGUCUUGCAGUGCAUUGCUGGUGGUAGCCCUCCGCCUCGGUUGAACUGGACUAAGGAUGACAGCCCAUUGGUGGUAACAGAAAGGCACUUCUUUGCGGCAGGCAACCAGUUACUGAUUAUUGUGGACACAGAUAUUGAAGACGCUGGGAAAUACACUUGUGAAAUGUCUAAUACGCUUGGAACAGAGAGAGGCAACAUUCGUCUAAAUGUAAUUCCUACUCCCACCUGUGAUUCUCCUCAAAACAUUGCUCCAUCGUUGGAUGAUGACGGAUGGGCCACAGUUGGCGUAGUGAUCAUAGCGGUGGUUUGCUGUGUGGUGGGCACUUCCCUUGUGUGGGUGGUCAUCAUAUACCACACAAGGAGAAGAAAUGAAGAUUGCAGCAUCACAAAUACAGAUGAGACAAACUUGCCUGCUGACAUUCCAAGUUACCUGUCAUCCCAGGGAACAUUAGCUGAAAGGCAGGACGGGUAUGGGUCAUCAGAAAAUGGAAGUCAUCAUCAGUUCAUAACUUCUUCAAUGGGGGGAUAUUUUUUACAGCAGAGAGAUAGUAAUGGCAUUUGUCAUCUAGAUAAUGGCAGUGAAACAGACCUGGAGGUUGUUACAGAUCCAUUCUUAUGCCACUAUCUGGGGACUUCAGGGACUGUAUAUUUAAAAGGGAAUGCUUAUGGCUCUGACACUUUUGAAGCAUACCAUACAAGCUGCAGUCCUGACCAAAGAACAGUGUGCAUGGACCCCUGUGACUCUAGUUACUUAAAGAAAAAGGAACGUUAUCCGUAUUCACUUGGAACAUUAUCACAUUCACCAGAAGAUCCCUUUGACCAGUAUAUUGGCAGCAUUGGAAUGCAGGCUGCAAGUAACAAAUUGCUUAACUCUACUUACAUGCCAAAUGAAGGAAUUGGAGUGAAAAGCUUGAGUCUAAACUCAGACAUCUUUGAUUUGAACAGAAAUCAGGAAUCAUCCUCUAUUACCACUAGUAGCACUUUCAUGGGAACAUUUGGAAAGUCUCUAUGGAGGCCUCAACUAGAUUCUUUUUCGAGCUGUAGGCUGCCAGCAAGUUGUCAACCAAAAACCUUCCAUAAUAAUAAUCCUCAAGCCUCAUUGGACUUUGACUCAGAGGCAGAGGAAGAUGGAAAGGACAGGACAGUUUCUCAUGAGGAAAACAGCAUUUGUACUUACAAACAGGCCUUUGAAAACUUUAGGACUCCUACUUUCCAGUCUUAUGACCUGAACACAUAGCUGCUUUUGGAAUGGCUGUUGAUUGAUGGAACCAAAGAAAAAUUUUUAACAUACUACCUCAAUGUGGAGCUUUAUUUAAAAGGAGUGGGAGGGAAUCCAUGUUUUUAAUGGAGCUAUGAUAUCAGAAAGAAUGGAUACAUUUUUAUACAGAUAAAACGUAAUUGCCAAAGUGUUAUAAUAUUUUAUACAGGGAAUACAUUCCUUAGAGAAGUACUAUAUUUCUAAUUAUUUUAUAGCUUUGUUUUAUGCAAAUGGUAUCUCUUGUAAAUUAAUGAUGUAAAUAAUACCAUGUAUAUUUCCUGUCAGACUUCAUUUUAUUGAAAUGAGUACUAAAGCAUCCUAAACUUGUACCAAUAUCUGUACUUUUUUAUGAAUGGACGUUCCAUGCUGGUCGCAGGUACCAUGCAUCUUAUUUGCACAUCAUUUUUAAUAAAAUAUGCUGCCUUGUGGUCUUGAGACACAGUAGAGUAUGAAGAAUGCAAGGUGGAGGUAUGUUGAUAGAAAUUGGAAAUGUAUGUUGUGCAUAUAACCCUCUGGCCCAUAUCUCAUCAGUUUGUCUAAAAUGUAGAGCGUAUGGAUUCACCACAUUAGAUAUCUGCUGCCCUUAGAAGUAGUUCUGUUUUUACAGCUUCCCCAAAUUGUCCCACAUGCACGCAAGACUGGCUGUCUAGUCAGCUGUCUGGCCAUGUGUGUAUACAAAUAACUUUAAUGUACACCUCUAAUGGUGGAUAUGCAGAGUGGACACACAAAUACAUAGCAAGCAACUUAGUGUGGGGGAAAAAAAAAAUCCAUCCUAGACGUUUACCUGGUAGUAUCAUUCUCCUCUAAAUAAAUGGCUUGAAUAUUAAAUAUUUCCCAAAUUUCCAGAUUCUCUGUUUUCCCCUGUGUUUUCUCGGCUGCUCCCCCAAUCACUUCCACACUGAGCGUUAAUAAGGUAACCAGUGUGUAAGAUAAUUCUUCCUUGGUUUACCUUCUGCUGCUUUUCCAUUUUUUUCUACUCUCUCCUCCAUAUAGAUAAAUGUGAACUGUACUUCAUUUCUCACUCGAGCAGUUUUAUAAGUUUGAAUUCUUGCUAGAUUAAAUUUAAAUUGAGCCCAAUGUUAUUAGCUGCCCUAAGCCAAAGAAAGACACGUACUAUGUGAUGGUAAUUAAGACUAAAUGAGAAUUCUCCCUUUUGUUUUCCUUGAUACAGAUGUCCAGUAUUUUAAAAAGCUGUGAAUCCUCUUGUCAGCAUUGUAUUAAAACAAUGUGCCUCUACAAGUUUUACUAUUACAGGACUUAGGUUUUCAAAUCUGCUCACUUUGAAGGUGCAAAUUUAUAUAGUUGUCAAACCUACUUUUAAACUAAAUUGAAAGCAGCUGUUAGACGAGCACAUCAUAGACAGUUUUCAGAGGAUACGUCUAGAGCAAAAGGCUUCCGUGCCUAAAGUAGCUGAGUUAAGGGCUUUUUGUUUGUAGCCAGAAACCUGGUACGCAGAUUGCAGAGUAAUUUUCCUCCUUUAAUUUAGGCGCCAGUAUUAGAGACAGGAAGUUAAUCCAUCCUUAAUCACUGGUGGUCUGAAUGUAGAGAAUGGAUUUUGCAUGCUUUAGUUUAUCAUAUUGCCAGAUUUUCUGAAUCUGAUUCUUAAUUUGCCUUCAUUGCAGCCAGAUGUGGUGACGUGGUGACAGACUUUGGUAUGGGUAUUUGAUAAUUAACUGCAUUUUUAAAUAUAUUAUUUUUUCCUGAGUAAAGCACAAAUCUCUAAGUCAAUAAUGCUUAAAAUCUUAAAAUAGAUUCACUCACUAAGUCAAUAGUUUUUUUCACUUCUCUAGUUUUCCUCCAGGUGUCAUAACUUAGAUUUCUGACUAGACAUCAUUUCCCAAAUAUCUAGAGAAAGAAAGUAAAAAAAAAAAAAAAACCAUUUUUAAUGCUGUUCAUUACAAAAUAAAAUGUUAUGUUUAAAAGUCCAAGUUAAAAGGCUGUGACUAAAAACAGUCUUUGGAAGCAUGCUUUUGUAUGUGCAAAAUGAGAAAAAGACAAUAUUCCUUUCCUUCUCCACUACUUCAAAUAUUUUUAUGAAUUAAACUGUUAGAAUAUAUGAAUGCCCCAAUUCUGCAAUAACAUAGAACUCAUUAUUGGGUCCAAGCCCACAUUUUAAUGCUUCCCAUCUGAUGUAAAGAUAUUUCAAAUGGUAUCCUAAAAAUACAGGUAUCCAUAUUUGUGGUGUCUUUUCUUCUUUUUUUCCCCUCCCCUCUGGGUAACUUAAAUAUCACUGACAUAGGAAUAAAAAUUCUUGUCUUUGUUCUUGCAAUGAUAGAUGAGUUUUAAUGUCUAGGAAGUUGACUGUACUUACGGUGGUGUAGUGAAAUGUCAGAUGAUAUAUUGACAUUUUUAUAAAUUGCAAGAUACAAUUUUUAAUCAUUUUAAUGUUGGAGGUAUAACCAAACUGGGCAUUCAGUGUCUGCAGAUGCAGUGUUCAUUCUGAGAUUCUGCCUGUUUUUAUUACCCUCUUAGGUUCUGGAUUCAUUUGGAGGAGCUUUGGAAAAUUUGCUUCUCCUCACUAAUCAAAUGGCAGCGAUUGAGUUUGUUUUCAUUUGAGAAAGUGAAUAUUGCCAUUCAGGGCAGGAUUUCAGUUUCUUUCAAAAUAAUGCAUAUCUAAUCGCUAGUCCCGAGAAUUAUAAUCCUGACUGCAGUCUUAAUUUUCCACAAUUAAAAGGGCUGAGAAGGAUGAAGUGGAAAAAUAAUCACUGAUUUCAGCUGGUUUCCUUUGUCUGUGUUGAUGUGGCUUUUGUCCUGGAUAUAGAACAAAGAUUCUUUGUGGUCUCCAUAGCUUAAUGAUGGACAGAGGGCAGGUGUCCAUGCUGAUUCUUCUAGAUUUUUCAGCAGCUGUUAAUAAUAUCUGACCAUGACUAAUUUGUUGGUCUGCCUGUGGUCCCCAGGAAGGGAAGAUAGCACUGGUUUGGUUUGGUUUUUCCCCUUCUCCGCAAGAUAAAAGGUUGAUUUGGGGUAAUUGCUCAUCUGCCCUGACGGAUCAUCUUGUACAAAUUUCUGCCAGAUUUUGUUCUUUCUUCAUCCUGGUCAGUGUGUCUGACAGACCAUUGAGGCUGCACUGUUACCAAUCUGAAAAUGAUGCAUUUGUCACUUUUUUGCUGAAUGAAGAAAAUGUAAUGGCUGAAAGCAGAUCUUGGAUGAGAAUGGGUGCCUGAGGCUCAGUCUAGAUAAGAUCAAGAGUGAUGCUGAUUUGGUGGCAGGAGACAACUAGCUUGCAGGCAGUGAUUGUGGCGAAGGAGGUUUAUUCAAUCUUUGUUAGAAGUUCUGUUAGAGCUACUUCUGGAACACCUCUUCCUGCUGGCAUCCCAGAUAGCCAAAAAUUUCUUUACCAUCUGCCUUUUGCCAUGAAGAUUUUAAUAAUUGUGUUUCCUAUGUCCAUGACUAGCUCCAUUGCUGGCAAAAUGGUUCUCUGGAAUAUUUUUGUCUAGCACAAUGGAUAUUUAUGUUUAUCAGCCAGUACCUUGUAACAAAGAUACAUUUUAUGUUUUAGGAUGAGGCAUUAAGAUUUUGUUUAAUGGUUUUAUAAAUAAUUGUGGAUCAUUAACACUACUUCUGCUUGGUUAAAUGUCAGAAGAACCCUGUAACCAAGUCAAGCCUUGUUUCUCUUUCACCAUUGUAAUUUAUGUACUUUGUUGGCUUAAUCAAAAUGAAGUGCACUUGUACAUCUACCUCCUGUGUGCUUGUAUGCCAAUAUUGUUAAUAGCGCCUUAGGUACCAGAGUCUUGCUUCUGCCGUAUCCCGAUGCUAUUUUUUAUUGCUGUAAACUGCUUUUUUCAUUAAUCUUCCCCAAGGAAAAGGGAAAUGUAACCCUCAACAUCGGGGAUAUGUAAGCUACAGAAUGAAAGGUGUCAAGAGCACCAGCAGUCUCCUGGGGAUUUGCUGUAAGUGGAGAAAAUUUAGCGUACUCUGCCUUGGCAAAAGGACAAAAACUGGGUAAAGUAGCAUUUCAAAUGAGUUUGAUUUUAUGUAAGUGUGGCCACACAGGAGGUGGAAAAGUAAAAUGGUGCCAGUGAUGGAAAAUAUGACUAAUCAAGAAACAAUAUUAACCCUAAGGCUAAAAUAAUAUCUUGACCUUACGGUCCUAUAAAGUGAUGCACUGAGUUUUUUGUUUUUUGUUUAGUUCUAAUGCACCUUAAGUAUAGUUGUAUCCUGUGUUUAUCCUUAACCCAGAAAAUUCUCCAGAAACGUCAUCUAGAAUAAUAUUCUUACUUUUAAAUUAAACCUAGAGUGGCUAUAGUUAUACCAGCCUUGCAGGAAAUGUUUAAAAUGAACUGUUCUACCUAAGAGCCGAACUGAGUAAGAAUGGCGUAUCGCACAGUCCUCUCUCUCAAAUUGGCCAGCUGAGGAAACUACAUAAAUUCUAUAAAGCUUGAUCUACCUGAAUUGCUUUUUUUCUGUUUUGUACUAAACUGCUAGGAUGAUGUCAAUCUGAGCAUUCCCAAGUACCAUUAUCUGUUCCUGUGGCCCUUCCCUCAUUUUUCUUCACAUUCAAGUAAAGUUCUGUGGGGGGAGAGAGAGAGUCACAGAAACUGGAGUGAGUAAAUCGUAGAAGGAUAUCUCUCCUCCCCGCCUCCCAGCUUCACCCUCUGUCCAACAGUCUUGGACCUCUCUCUUCUGCCAAAACAUUCCUAAAUGGAAAAGAUGGAUUUGUGGAUACAUUUUUCAGAGAUUACAAAGAAUCUACUGUCCAGACCCGGUGAGACUAUCUAUUUAUCCUUUAAUGAGGCCUUUCACAAAGGAGGAGUUCAGAGUCUGUGGGCUUCUUGUUUAAGUGUCAUAAUUUCCUCAAGAAAAAAGUCAGCUUUUCUAGGGCCAGGUGCUAGAUACAGUGCAGCUAAGUUACAUUUACUCUCCCUUCUGAGAAGUAGUAAUUUUUUGUGUGUAACAUUUAUCUUAUCUGUAUCUUUAAGCAUGUUGCUUAUUUCCAAUUCUUUGUAAAUCCUCCAUAGCCAUAUGCUAUUCGGAAACAAUGGAGUCUAAAGUGGACAUUGGUGGGGGAAGUGAGGAAAAACAUUCUUACAGAUGUUGCAGUAAAUCAGUUACAGGACUGACAUAGCAUUUGGCUAUAUGACAAAUGUUCCAUAAUAAUGCAGCUCAGUAAAAUGUGGAAUUUUUGAAGUACUGUGUGUAACAUUUUCAGUACAGUUGUAAAUUCCCAGCUAUGUCAGCACAGGUGGAGAAUAAGUCAUAAAUAAAGUUUGUGUUUGAUUCCUAAAGAGUUCCCUAGCUGGUUGACCGGUUCCAUGAUUUAAUUCAGCCACUUAAACUUAGGAAAAAAAAAAAAGGCUUGAUAAAAAAAUAAUUUGCUAGCAAUGUUUGAGAGAGAGAAUGUGUUGUGCAAACUAAAGCAACUGCAGGCAUACUGUAUUUGUUUAUAGAGAUGAACAGGUCCAGGCUAAGCCUGGCUAAGCUUCCUGGAAACAUAUUGGGUAACUAUUGCAUAGCCUUUUAGUUACCUGCAGUGAACUUCAGCAUGGCAGGGGAUAUGAUAGUGAACACAAUGCUGUCUUAACAUUUGUAUUGGUUAAUGAUAGGAAUUCUCUUGUGUCAACUCAUUUGUCUCAAUAUAAGGCCAGUUCCUGCAGCUGGAUCUGCCAAGGUGGACCCCCAUUAACUUUAAUGCAUCUGUGCACUGAUGUAAAAGGUCCAUCCAUGUGGAUCUCUGUGUGGGAGUGGGGGGUGGGGGAGGUUAGAAUAGGCAGUAAAUGAAAAUCUUUCUUUUUUGUUUUUCCUGCUGCCUAAUGAGUUGGAUUUUGAAUUGUAAAUGAUUUGGGUAUUUCAUGUUAUCAGAGAUGGGCUGCCACACUCACUCAUCUGUAACUUUAAGCAAUCAAACAGGAAUUAGAAAUUGACUUCAGCUGUGAAGUUUGGAACCAAAUGAAAACUUCCCCUGAGUCUGAGUAUGUGUGACUCCCCUCAAUGAGGUUCAGAUUGUUAUAUAAGGAGAGAAGUAUGUUCACUUUGGAUCUAAAUAGGACUUCCUCAGUCCCCGGACAAGAAGGUUGGGUCUGGGGUUCUGAUGUAGAUUCCUCCCUAUCACUUCUUACAAUUGUUCCUAAAGAAAUAUAUGGCUAAAUAGCUGAGCCAACAUUUCUACUUAAGUUACAAGUCUUCAAUCUUAACUUUGCCCUUUUGUGUGUGUGCAUUAUUUUAAAAUCUUUAAUUGCAUGAUCACAUACCAUUUCUUAAUUACAGUAGAACUCUAUUUUAUGGACUGACUGAGGACUUAAUAAAACUGAACAUCCAAAAAUUGCAGUGCAUAAGUUUAUUUAUUAAUCCAUUCAGGGAUCAUGUACUUAAAUGAAUGAUAACUAUAUGGUAUGCAUGAUUUUUCUUUAAGAGAAUUUGUAUCUUCUCUGUGUCAUCAAAUCUAUGUAGCCACAUGAAUAUUGGCUGAAGGACUCAAGUCACAUUCAGCGGCAGAAAGAUGACUUUGGUGGCAGAAAAAUGGUUCAUGUAACUGGUCAUUCAUAAGAUUGAUAUUUGUAAAAUCAGGGUUUUACUAUAGAAAAAGUAUGUGUAAUACAAUGUUUUCUACACCCUUAGGUAUGCAUAUGUAACAUCUUGCUUUUUUCUCCAUUGUUCAUACAUGAACUUAAACUAAUUUUAUUUAUAAUCCUGAAUAUAUCUACUGACUAGUGGCUUCAUUUUAAAUUGAUUGAUAAGCUUUAAAGUUUAUAUAAUGCCCCUGCUCACUUGUUAAUUUUGGAGAGUAAAAAGGGAGAUAGUUGAACCUCUUCUAUCUACUGUUAUACUGGUUAUCACUGCUACAGACACAAAAAUUCAGGCCAAUGUUUCAAAAAAUGGGUGUACCUAAAGUUAGGCAUACAACUGGCAAUUUACCUCAUUUAAAGAAAUAUUCUUAAACCAUAGCAGGCUUCAAGAUUGAGCUACUCUUUAAAAGAUGUAAUUACAUUAACUUGAUUCCUCUUGAUAGCUUUUAUGUAACUUUAAUUAG